AUGGUUCUAAAGAUCCGUCUCGCGCGCUUCGGCAAGCGCCAUGCGCCCUUCUACAACAUCGUCGUCGCCCACGCCCGGUACGCCUUCGAUCCUCCCUCCGCGCGCAAGCCCAAUGCUCAUAUUCCUCGACUUGCACCAUCUACCCUACUCCCCCAUAACGAUACAGCUUUUGGACAAGACACAAGGAAACAAAAGGAGGAAAUCACAAGUUCUAACAUCCAACUCCAACCAACNAGAACCGCACGCGGCAGCAAACCCCUCGAAGUCCUCGGUACAUACGACCCCAUCCCAAAAACGCCCACCGAUGGCAAUGAGACGGCGAAAAAGUUCAAGGACAUCAAGCUCGACAUUCACCGCGCAAAGUACUGGUUGGGUGUGGGUGCUCAACCGAGCGAGCCUGCUUGGAGGUUGCUUAGCAUGAUCGGUCUGAUGGAGCCAAAAUUCAGGCCAGGACAGGAGAUCAAGAAGGAGGGUACUGCUGCAUGA